UGAGCUGGUUUGCGUGGCCAAACAAGGCGACCAAGGCGCAUUUGUCCUAACGGCCAGCCCUCCGUCGGAGUCUGUCGGAGGAACAGGGAGUGAGCAGCAAGAACUCGCCUUGGAGGGAGGCGACGCCAACGCCCGCGCUCCCGGCCAGGCGUGCGUGAGGAGGCCCAUCUCACCCAGGGCGCGUGGCGGAAGCCGUGGCGGCGAGCGCGCGCGUGUGCAUGUGCGCGUGCGCGUGGGGGCGCGGCGCGGAGAGAGGCGGCAGGGCCCAGCCCCGUCGCAGCAGCAGCAAUCCGGGGCGGCUCCUGCUCCAGCCAGGGACCGCCGCGCACCAGCCGCCGCGGUCGCCGCGCCCUCCCGCGUCUGCAGCCGGCUCGCCGUUCGGUCCGCCCAGACGACACUUCCCGGGUUCCCGGCCUCGGCUCCGCGCAGAGGAAGAGGAAAUGAGUGCGGCCGCCGCGCCGGCGCCCGAGCGGGGUUGGAAGAGCGAGAAAGUGGACGAGGCGCAGGCCCUGGCGCGGAGCUGCGCCGCCCGCAGACCCGACUUCCAGCCGUGCGACGGGCUCUCCAUCUGUGCCACUCACAGCCAUGGCAAGUGCUUCAAGCUGCACUGGUGCUGUCACCUAGGAUGGUGUCACUGCAAAUACGUGUACCAGCCCAUGACCCCUGUGGAACAGCUUCCAAGCACUGAGAUUCCUGCCAGGCCUCGGGAACCCACAAACACCAUUCAGAUCUCAGUCUCACUCACCGAACACUUUUUGAAAUUUGCAUCUGUCUUCCAGCCUCCCCUUCCCCCGGACUCCCCCAGGUACUGUAUGAUUUCAGACCUCUUCAUCGACAACUAUCAGGUUAAAUGCAUCAACGGGAAGAUGUGCUACGUGCAGAAGCAGCCAGCGCCACAUUCCCACAAGAUGAGCCCCGAGGAGGUCUCUGCACACGAUGCCUUAAUUUCAAAAGAGAGCAAUACGCCAAAAAUAGAUCACUGCUCUUCUCCCUCAAGUUCUGAGGACUCUGGGAUCAAUGCGAUUGGGGCUCACUAUGUGGAAUCAUGUGACGAGGACACAGAGGAAGGAGCAGAACUGAGUUCAGAGGAAGAUUACAGUCCCGAGAGCAGCUGGGAGCCGGAUGAGUGCACCCUGCUCUCCCCCUCGCAGUCUGAUCUGGAAGUGAUCGAGACCAUAGAGACCACCGUGUGAGUCCAGGCAGAUGCGCCCUCGGAGCCUUGCUGAGCUUUUGGGCUUUGGUCUGAUGGGUCCUUUUCCAGUGCUGUUCAUAUUUUCUACCCGACCCCACCAACCAUAGCAGUUCCGUGGUCUGCUGAUUAGUGUCACUCUUGAAUUAGUCUUUUAACUAAGACAUUCUUUUUAUUACAAACAGUUUUCUUUUGUACCUUGACUUACUUUCUAUGUAGCAUCUGGUGUCAUGGAUUGUGACCCAGCCUUAAUUUCACUGGGAACUGUGAAAGCAGUGAAAUGAUGAUCACAGAGUGUCACGGAUCGGAGGAGCUACCUAGAGCGCUGGUGACAGGAUUUUUGUAACAGCCGGUCCUUUGCAGAAUGACUCUUGGCAUCCUUUUGUCACGCAUGGCACCCCGUCCUGCUAGCCCCACCGGGCGAGCAGCUCAGCCAGGGGUGGCGUGGAGCGCACCCUGGUUCAUGUCAUUCCUCCCCUUUCCCCUGCUCCCCACCAUCUGCACUGGGUCUGGACCAGAGCCGCCUCUGCUUGGCCCCUGGUAAUGGCCAGUGUCUGCACAACCCAUCAUGACGGGGGCUGAGCUAGACCCUCAUGUGAGAAGAGAUGGCCUCAUCAGUUUCAUGGUCGCUCCAGCUUUAGCUGAGCACCUACGUGCUGCGAGGGGCUGUGGGGACACAGAACGAAGAAGACCUGAUUUCUCCAAUGAAAGGCCCACAUCCCAAUAAGGGACUUGAUACCAGCAGCUGGCGGUGUCCGGAGUGCUCUGGGAAUGCAGGGAAGGAGAGAUGGACAUGGCUUGGGGAAGGUGCUGCAGCAUUUGAGCUGGCUUUGGUGGGGUCUCAGCAUCUCCCUGCUUUCCUUAAUCGUUCUUCAAAACUGAGGAAAACACUUAGGAAGUUAUUUAGGUAUUGCACUUAGAAGGCAGCCACAUCUGACAUCUUAAGGAAAAAAAUCAAUAAUAGUUUUAGUUAGCAUGGAAAUGCUAAAAGACAGAAGUCCUUUAGGGAUUAGGAAUGAAUCUAAUAGGUUUGAUUAAUUCUGCUUCAUUUGGUUGUAUGAAGCAUUAGAAUGGCUUAGGUGAGAAAUGAAUUAGAAUUCAGUACGAUGCAUGGAUUUUUUUAUGCAAAUGCAAAAGCAGUUGAAAUAGUUCACUGCUAAGUCAGGAGAAAAUAUUUUGUGUAAUAUUCAUUUACUACACUAAUAUUUAUAGUCCAUUGUCUAUGUUCUUUUCUUUCACACACAAAAUAGUGAAUAAUUCUUUAUUUAGCUUUCUUCAGAAUUCUAUUCCUAAUCUCCGUUUUCUACCAGCUAGUCUCAUGAGUUGGUUAUCUGCCAUUUCUCCAAAUUUUCCGUGAGGCGUAGUUAAGAAUCCAGGAGCUUUCAAGUACUGCCUAAUGAAAUGAGAACCACCAACACUGCAGAGAGAGAAAUAAGCCGUAUAUCCAGCUCUCUGCGCGUGUGCUCCGGGGCAUUGUCUUGUGCCGUCCACAUCUUUCCUGUGUCGUUAGCGUUUUAGGAAAGCAGCAGCUGUGUUCUUCCCGAAUCCUCUAUUUGGUAUCCUUUAUAAACUCCUUGAGAAAGAAUCUGCUUUCCUAGUUGUAUGUAUAGUUCAAGUGAUUUACUAGACUUUUUGUUCAGUCUAGGUGCCCAGAACAUCUAGAGUUAAAGGCAGAGUGUGCAUUUUCCUUGGAAACCAGCACUAGUUAAAACUGCGUGUUGGACGAGGAUGCAGCAUGAAGUUUCCCCUUGGGGACGUGGAAUCAGUGAGGGAGACUGAGAGGUAGUACUGCAAGUUGCUCCAGGAGCUGCCGGGGGGGUGGGGGCCUGUGGGGCUUUCCCUGCUCUGCCCUCGCUGGCCAGGGGACCUGGGGACAUCUGAUGAGCCCUGCCUGCGCUUCUUGGUGCCUCUCUGGAGGGAGUGACCAGCCGAAGGCAGGCACGAAGGCAGUGCCAGCAAGGGCUCACCGGCUGCUGUGUACUCAGGGUUGGAUGGCACCCCAGGGCCCCAUCUAGGUGUGCCCUGGUGAGCACCCUGACUUUCCCCCAGGGGCGCAGGCAGUGGGGCUGCUUCUCUGCCCUGUUCCCCUCAGUUUUCUAUUAGGGACCCACAGCACAGAGAGAACUCACUGGAGUCAGCAACCAGGGCCCCAAAGCCAUGGAAAUGCACGGUCAAGCCCACGCUUCUGGAGCUUGGCUGUGCAUCAGGGUUGGGCCUUUUAUCAGUAAUAUCUACGACUUUUGUUCAGGUUCCUGUUUUUUAAACUCCUUUACUGCCAUUUAAAAGAUCAGCCACAAUUUUAAUGGAAUUUUUGGAUUUGAUAAUGGUUGAUAAUCACUUUAAACAUUUGCACAGUCUCUUUAUAAUGAAAAACUCACUAGGCGGCACUUACUAUUUUAUAGAAUUGGAGAUGUUCCCAUUGGAUUCUAAAUAUCAGAUACUCCUGGAUCUCAAAAGUCUUUUCUAAAUAAGCACAAACAAGAAUUUCUGUGGUCCUAGCGCUGUUAUUACUAAUAAUUAUCUGAAAUACGAUUGACCUGCGAUUGUUUCUUUAUGCUUGCAUUCUGAAACCAACUGAGAAGGAUAUGAAAAUGUGUAGUUUCAACUUAAAAUCUAGGUCUCUUCUGUUCUAUAGAAUAUGAAAGAAUUUCUCUGUAAUCCUGAUAUUAUAUUGCUAAUUUGCAUAAGCAUAUUUGUAGGCACUUUAGAAAAUAUUUAGACUGCAAUAUGUAGUAUAGGCAUUAAGCACAGUCAUGUUAAAAUAGACUUUUGAUUAAUACUUGUACAAAAAAAUAUGAAACCUUUAUCACUUGGACCUCUCUUGGAGCAGGGCUGGGCCGUGUGGGUGGAUAAACUGCUUUCUUGGGGUUUUUGGAAACCUGGCACCAUUCCCACUUUAGAAAGCUGGUAUAAAGGCUUUUAGGUAGAAGCUUAAUUUCACUGAAUGUGGAAUUUAGCUUUCUUAUCUAACCAGGAUUUUAGAAUUUAAAUUUCAAAUAUGCUUAUAACUUUUCUGAGAAAUGACAAACAAUUAAAAUGUUUUUGUGGUUAUAACUGUUUGGUACAUUAAAAAAUAAGGCUUUAUUAUCAAAUUCAGGUAUUUUUUACCUUGUAAUUUUUUAAGGUAUAAAUUGAAAAUUUGAGGACAACCCUGUGGACAAAGAGUUGCCUUUCUGGAAGACUUGCAGUUCAGAGGAAUACAAAACCAUGAAGUCAUUUCCUGAUUUGAUCUAGGAUUUGUUUGUCUAUUGGAAGUGGUAGUUUUAUUUCUUAAUCUCCACUUCUUGGUCUGUUUGAAACAUCACAGUUCUUCUGGGACUGAUCAUAUAAACGCUUUUGCAAAUUUAAUUCUCUGUUUGGGGAAUAGGAUGCUACCAGAUACUUGAGGAAGCUGUCAAAAUACCCAGAUAAAUUUGGCAGUAUGGAUACUACUAGGGAAGAAAAAAAGCACAAGUUGAAGGAAUAUUUAUAUCAUCACUUCUUAAUUACUCCCACAUCCUGUUUGUAAAAUUUUAUCAUGUUUUGGCUUUUCACAGGAGGAAAACAGUUUAGCCAUUUUCUUUCCUACCCCCUUGUCCAGAGGAGGUAUGAACCAGAAAGGACGUGGCCAGUUUUGCUUUGGCCUUUGGUAGUGUGUGACCUCCUUCCAUCCAGGGGGAGGAAGGGGGGCAGGUAAGUGCCACUCACCUGAUCGGUGCUGCGUAUUCCAGGGAUGUCAGUUUUGCUCAAAUCCCAACAUAAGUACAAGGGCAUUUCUCAAAACGAAUUUGAAUUCACCAUUUAAAAAUUUUGUCACGGCUGUGGGAACUGAGUGUCUAUGACGACUGAGCGUUGGUCAUGCUGGGAAAGGGCCCUCCCGCACAGUCUGCGGGGAGCUGUUCUGUGAGGACGGCUGCAGCUGAAAGCCCAGGGCUGCUGGUUUCUUGAGCUCCGUGUUGUGUUCACACACUGCUUAAGGCUGUUCAUACCUGGCGAUGUUCACUUACCGUGCUGUUUUUUAAACUUGUCUAUUUUAAAGUUUUAAGCACAAUGUUGACUCUUCUGUAACUUCCUAAAAUUACAUUGUUUUCCUAAGACAGCUCAACUUUCCUUUUGUGUGUAAUACUUUAGGAAAAUACUGCCUUGUGAAAUAAACAUGAUUUUUUCUUCUUUUGUACCAGA